AUGGAUGACGCGCAAGCAAGGGAAUGUUGUAAGAAGUGUGCCAAGCAGGAAGGCUGCAGGUUCUGGCGACUGAAACCCGCAGUGAACGGCCAGCUUGGCGAAUGCAAGUUGCUGAGCUCGCUAUCGGGCAUCACCGUGCGAAACUGGGACGUUCCCAUCGUACCAUCGUACCCCAUCGCGAAUCUCCCCGGCACGGCGACCUCAUUGGACGAAGAGUCGCUUGCUGCAGCGCUGGAAGCAGCGGCCAAUGAGAAGAAGCCGCGUCAUAUCAGGCAGCUGGAGCAGGAGCGACUGAGCGCGGAGGAACUGAGCGAGCUGGAGAGGAUGCGGGCCAAUGGGAGCCUGCCGUUGACUGAUGAGGUGGCGGCCGCACUUGAGCGGGAGGUCGGCGGCGGGAGUGGAGGGGAAGAGGAGAAGCAGCAUUCGAUUCAGUACGGGAAGCAUGAGCUUAAGGCGAGGCUUCUGAAAGGAAAGGCGAUUCGCAGCUGGAUCAGGGAGCUCCAAGUGAUGUGGCGCGACGAGGCUGGCUCACAGCACUCAGCGUUCAUCAAGGCGCGUGACGGCAAGGAGCAAGGGAGGGGCAGCAGCGGGUUCAUCGACCGACUGGAGCUCGACGGCUCGCCGGUAGCCCCGCCUCUGUCCGCCGGCUCUGCCGUCGUUGGCAGCGGCGGGUUCAAGCUUCUGCUGGCAGAAACGCGGAGCCGCAAGGGGAAGGAUGAGGAUGAGUUUCAUCUCACGAUUGAUGGCGUGGUGGACAUGGGCAUGACAGCGCGUUUGGCGCAUCCGCUCAUGCAGACAGCCUCGGAGGCUCAGGCGCAUUUCAACGUGCACAUUGAUCGGCUCAAUUCGGUGAGGGCCGUGCCCGGCUGGUAUAAAUUGCCCUUGGCGCCUUGCAUUCUUGGAGCGAGAUUUGGACAAGUGAUGAGAGGGAGAAUGGAGAAGAGAGAGAACGUAGCUUGGGAAGACGAGGUGGGUGACGGAGAAGAGGGGGUUUAG